AUGUCAAGACUGAUUGAAUCAUCUUCAUCUUCAAUCACAUCUGUACCUCUUCAUACUCUUGAAAAUAUCAUACCUUUGAAGCUUCAAGACGACAAUUUCUUGACCUGGAAAUCGUUAAUUACUCCGGAUGAAGAUACGUGUGUUCUUCUCCUCCUUAAUGCUUCAAUUUCUGUUUCUGUUAUCGUUCAUGUCGCUACUUGCUCCACAUCAAAGGAAUUAUGGGAUAAUCUACAUAAAAGGUUUGGUGCAUCUUCUUCUGCUCAUACGAUUCAAUUAAGUACUCAAUUACAGAAUAUGCGUCUAGGAUCAUCUAAGAAUUCAGAUGAUGAACUUCUAGUUACAGUUCUAGGUGGUCUUGGACCAGAUUAUCAUGCUUUUUCUACCUCAAUUCGAAUUCGCUCUCCACCUGUUACCUUUGGGGAAUUGCAUAGCUUACUCUUAAGUGAGGAGAUUAUAUUAUCUGAGCGUAAUGCUGCUCUUAGAUAUGAUGCUAAAUCUAAGGCUUUCUUAGCAUCUACUUCUCAAGGUCAAUUCAGAGGAUUUCGGCCAUCUUAUCAUUUUAAUUUUAGAGGUCGUGGUCGUGGUGGUAUAUCUUUCAGAGGUGGUUCUCAUUCUUCAUUCACUCCUACUUUUCGUCCAUCCUCUUCUACUGAUGGAUCUGCACCUAGAACAACUGCGUCAGCUGCUCGAAUCAUCUGUCAAAUCUGCUCUAAAGUUGGACAUACUGCUAUUGAAUGUUUUCAGCGCAUGAAUUUUGCUUAUCAAGGCCGUGAUCCUCCAUAG